AUCCACAUUCCAGAGUGAUCCUGAGGACCAAGAGCUCCUUCGACCAUCUCAGCAGCUACAUCAACGCCAACUACAUUAGGGGUUACCUAGGUGACGAAAAGGCCUACAUCGCCACCCAGGGUCCCAUGAUCAACACAGUGAAUGAUUUCUGGCAGAUGGCCUGGCAGGAAGACUGUCCUGUCAUCAUCAUGAUCACCAAGCUCAGGGAGAAGAACGAGAAAUGUGUUCUGUACUGGCCAGAGAGGCGUGGUAUCUACGGCAAGGUGGAGGUGCUCAUUAACAACGUGACAGAGUGUGACAACUACACCUGCCGUACCCUCACCCUGAAGCAAGGGGCUCAGAGUCGUGUGGUGAAGCACUACUGGUACACAUCAUGGCCGGACCAUAAGACCCCAGACAGCGCCCAGCCCCUGCUCCAGCUGAUGAGAGACGUGGAGGAGGACAGGACGGGCUCCCCGUCCCAGGGACCCGUCAUCGUACACUGCAGCGCGGGGAUUGGCCGAACGGGCUGCUUCAUCGCCACGAUGAUAGGCUGUCGUCAGUUGGAGCUGGAGGGAGUGGUGGAUGUGCUGGGGAUUGUGUGUCAGCUCAGAGCGGACAGAGGAGGCCUGAUCCAGACAGGGGAGCAGUACGAGUUUGUCCACCACGCCUUGAGCCUCUUCGAGACCCGCCUCUCCGCCGACACCGGCCAAUGAACAGAGGCCAGGAAGUUUUUGCUAGACAUG